AUGAAUCGAGUAUGUAUGAAGGGGUCAGUAAAGCAGUUCGGGUUCUCGGUCGGUUCCCAUUCGCCUGCCCCCCCUCAUAGUCGAUUAGUGGGUAGGGUGGUCAACUUAGAGGGUGCCCGCCUCCUCUACAGACGUGUCUUCGAAAACCUGGCGGUUGUUCGGUCUCCACUUUUGGAGGCGGGAGUGCUUGGUCGCUGGGGUUUCCUUUUCCUCAACCAAUUCGGUUGUGUCAGCCCUGAGAUUGGUUGGUCUAACAUUUAUAAGCAGGCUGGCUGGACAAAGAUGGAUGGAAGGUAA